AUGAGUGAAUGGCGGUCUGGAACACGUCGUUGGGAGGUGCAAACAAUCCAUGAUGAGAUUAAUGCUGGAAAUAUGGCCAUUUUUCGACACGAAGUCACAAACGAGGAUCUCAAAGAGCUUGACGAGUGGCUUGAGGUUGAAGAGCGAAAGGAAACUGGGGGACAAUAUGACGCUUGGUACUGUGGAAUCCUGCGUCUAGGCCAUGACAAUGUCUUCCCCCAUGCACACUUGUUGCGCUCCGUUCCAAUCAAGCAGGUAAUCAACCAGCGCCUCGCAAAUCUUCGGGUGGCCGUUCACGCUAUUGGAAAGUUAAUAGAUGAUCUCAAAGCCAAGCCCAUGAUUUGCUCACCCUCCGACCCAGCAUCAGCUCCCAAGCCCCUCAUCGACUUGCCUGAUUACAGCUCCGAGGAUGACGAACGGAUCACGCUCGAUGAGCAACAUCUUGCCAAUCUCACCGUCUGGGCCUAUGAACGCCAUCUACAUUGGAUCUCGCGAGACCCAGAGGCCAAGAAGAAAUACAAGUUCAAGACAGAAGACGACGUGUACAAGUUUUUCCAAAUCAAGCAGCUGACCUGCUCUGACUCGACCGGCUCCGCCGGCAACAAUGGCCUGUUUCAGGAGCAUAUUCAUAUUCCCCAGAGCCUGGCUAGAUGUCCAUGGGGUGUACCGUUUCACACACUGGAGAAACAAAUUUCUGACCCAGUUCAUCGCAAGAGGCUGUACUCUGAGGCAGGCCGAACACUUCUGCGAGACAUGGAGAUUGAUUAUUUUAAUUUCUACUGUCCUUACACCCCUGAGAAAAGCUCACUGAUCUGGGCUAUUCCGGGAGAUUUGGGAGGCAGAAUGUGUAGGUUCAUUAAAUGUAUCAACGACGGUGAGUCUGUUGAUUGA